AUGACCAAAGGACUUCGAAUCAUUACAGCACUAAGCCGUAGUUAUACCGAUAGAACGUUUGUGAUGAUGUCGGUUGGUCCUCAGCACAGGGAUCAGGCUACGGCAGCCUUGUUUCAAAGAAUUAUUCGCGAAAAAGCUCAAGAACGUGAAUUGCUCAAAUGUCCCCGUUGUUUUGAUCUCAUGGAAGCCUUGCCUCUCGAAAUUGAUGAUCAAGGCUACCAAACGGUCUGGUGGGUAUGUAAAAGUACCGGUAAAAAGAAAUGUGAUUUCCCUCUAGACAUGCCUACGGAUGUGUUCUGGAUUAAACGAUCUCCAACUGAUAUCAAAGAUGGCUAUAUGCCUAGACCUAAAAUAGAGUUAUUGCCAAGUAGAUACAGAUAUUUGUAUCCUGCUCUUUUUGCUCAUGCAAUGAAGCUAUCUCAGUCUCGCUGCUCUUCUGUAACUAGUCGUUCUAGUACUGCAACAUUGUCGAGCAGAAGUUCUCUUCACACCUGUGAUAUGCCUUUGUCGGGAAUCCCGUCACCAUUAACACCUACUAAUGAUUGGGAGGGAAGUAUUACUCCCUCUUCUAACUCUGUCAGAGAAGAAUCAAGAGACAGUUCUUCAAGAAAUAGUUGUGAACCUACUCCUUCUACGUCUGAUGAAACUAACAAAGGAUCAGAGAUAGUGACUCGUCAGGCUCCCAAAGCGAAAGCAACUCGUAAACGGAAAGAAGUUGUACCAGAGAAUGAUACAGCUGCUUUCGAACCUGUGAAUGAGAAAACGGAUGAAUCUGAAUACGAAAAAGCUGCCUAUAGAGCAGUACGAAAAAGAGUUGAUGAGAGAAUAGCUAAACGCAACAAAAUCCGUAGAAGAACUCCUCAUGAAUCCUGCUUGAGUACACUGUUCACCCAGAUCAAGAACCUGGAUUUAACAAAGUUGAACAUUGAAGAGCUUGAAACUAUUCUGGAAAAGUGUGAUAUCGAUAUGCGUAUGAUCGAUAUGGACGAUAUAAAAAAGCGACAAGAACGAGCCGAGGUAUCUCGAGAUUUCUAUAGCACCCUAGAUUUGACCAAAAUAGAAAAUCAGGUGCAUGAGAGAACUGCUGUUGACAAAUUGAAUAUGCUAUACUCACUUCGAAACUCUCAUGAUGGAACUUCUCUCAUGGCUGCUCUAGGUGCUGAGAGCACUCAGAUGCCUUCUGUUAUUGUUGUUGGACAGAACGAAGAUCGUGAAAUGCAAGACUUCAUAAAGAACCGUAUGAAAGAUAUAUCCAUUUUGAUUCGCAAAAAGAAAAUAGAGAAUGCAAAGCAGAACUCUAAACAAGAAAAGGGAUCUCAUGCUGCCAUAGACAAAAGAAGUAAUGCUCUAAGCACUACUAUCAGCGAUCUCAGCUUGGCAGAAAUUGAAAGAAAGAAGGCUGCUAAGCUUGAAUAUGAGCACAAGACUAAAGCUCUUGUUCAAAGCAAGGUGGCAGCCCAUCUUGAAGCCAAGAGAAAGAAACUUCUCGCUUCUAAAGAUCUCAUGCAGAAUAUGCCUGCCACUCAUGGAGGAUCUCAAGAAUCAAUGCCUGAUCCGUUUUACAACUCAAGCCAACAAUCUGUGGAUCUCUUCGAUUAUCCAGUUCCUGAUAGAAGUGAUCUGAUGAUGAAUGGUGAUAACCAAGAUCUCCAAGCACACCAAAUAUUUAACCCAUAUGGUGAUGGAGAUCUCUCUGACUAUAAUAAUCCGUUUUCUAGCUUAGAAAUUGGGAAUAGUUUUUACGAUUUCCCAAUUUAG